CGGUCGGCGGUCAAGUAAACCGUAGCAAACCGAGCUCUUAACCUUACGGCUUUCCACCCCGCGCGGCAGUAAUUGAGUCGCGCGACCCAACAUCAGCCCAGCGAAAGGAGAAAGCGGACGCCGAGCGCGGUAAGGUUGGGGUGGUCUGGCCCUUUUUAAUCUAUUUUUUUUCCCACUCGCGGUUUCUUGGCUUACUCGUCUGGGCGGCGAUGGCCCAGUACGCAGUGAAGUCUGUCGACGAUUGGGCGACGCACAACACCGCGACAGAGGCUGGUGCAACUGCAAAUUCGACCACCGCUGCAGACGCCAGCCGAGAUCGAGAAUCAGUUUCCGCGACAGUACAAGAACUAGAAUCAGAUUUGGUUGGAAAGAGCACAGCGGUAACAACUGCGACUCCGAUCAACGAUAAUAUUAAUCGCGCUAGCAAAACAACCACCACCACCACCACCACCGCCGCCGCCACUGACGACGAUGCCUACAGAGCCCGUUCACGCUCUCCUGUGACCGGUAAACCUAAACCAAACGCCCCCUCGUCUCCGGCCACUCACAGCCAGACUGCACCAGCGGCUCGUCAACAACGACAUCAACAAAACCCUUCUUCGAACUCGGCCGAUCAUUCGUCGGCCUCGCCAGCCACAUCUGCACAAGCACCUGGCACCGCAAGUGCCGCCGGCCAGCAGCCUCAGCAACACCGAAGGGUUUACCAAGCAUGUAUCCCCUGCCGCAGGCGAAAGGUCCGUUGCGACCUCGGUUCCGUCGACAACCCCCAUGACCCGCCCUGUGUUCGCUGCCGCCGUGAAAGCAAAGAAUGCUACUUUAGCGCUACGCGCCGCAAACGCAAGGCUGACGACGAGGAUCUGUCCGGUGCUGAGGACGAUUAUGUUCUCCGAAAUGGCCGUAAGCGUGUCCACGAAGGCUCUCCUCCGAUAGACCGUCGCAUGUACUCGGACGUGCCGCUCACUCCAGGUGGCUCGCAAGGCAGGACACAGCCUCUUACACGUCCUCGCCAUGGUUCCGUGGGCAAUGAUGGCAAGAGAACGGGUCGUGCAUCAGGGGCUGGCCUGAACAGCCAAACUGAUGCGCCCAACACACCACUCGAGAACAUGGAGGCAAGGACGCUGAUGCGCCGGGAGGUUUACGGCCCUCAUGAUGCUUUGGACCUCUUGUACAAGGCCGCGACCGAUAGUAGCCCACAUAAGCUCGGCGAGGCAGAAGCGAACAGUCGAACAUCCCAGACGGCUGCUGCGGCCUCUGUCAACUUUCGUGUGCCAGCCGCCGAGUCUGCCGCACGCCCGGUAUCUGCACGUGACAUUGGUAGGCGACAGAGCUCUUUCCGCGCUGAAAGUCGCCAAAGCGGCAGCCAGCAGAACCGCCGUACGGCCGCGCGGCCAGAAGCUCCUCCUGUUGAUGCGCCUAUCGAUCCGCAGCUGACUGCAAAACGUGACGUGACGAGCGAUCCGGGAUACACCGAUGCCUUGAAGGCCUGGGCUCGUUUCCGCUUUGUGAGGGCCGGGUGGUUUACAGCACACGAGGCCAUUGAAUACAUUGACUAUUACUACCAUUACCUUUCCCCACUAACGCCCAUCUCGCCUCCGACUUUCAAAAGUCCUUCAACUCACUUAACACUGCUUACGGAAGAGCCGAUACUCACAGUUACGCUGCUUACAAUCGCCUCGCGUUAUCGACAAGUACCAGGCACGGGCGGUCGUUGUCGGUCCCAAGCCAUCCAUGAGCAGCUUUGGACAUAUCUGCGAGGAAUGAUAGAAAGGGUAGUAUGGGGGCAAGAAGCAUUCGGCGGUGGAUUUUGUGGCUCUUACACCAUGGGCCAUGAAGAAGCUCAGACUUCGAGCACCGCGCCAUGGAGAGGUCUUCGCAAGGGCAGCUUGAGGACUCUGGGCACUAUCGAGUCACUCCUGAUUCUGACCGAGUGGCACCCACGCGCCCUUCACUUUCCACCCGCAGAGGCUAUCGACGAGCUGAUGCUGCCUUCGCUUUACGAUGGCCCCGACGAGCACAUGGGCCCGGAUGGCGCUGCCCAACGGCCGUCGGCCACCACGGGCGUUGGCGGGAAGCGCAUCGAGAGCUGGCUCGAGCCCGCUUGGAGAAGCGAUCGUAUGUGUUGGAUGCUCCUUAGCACCGCUAUGGGUCUCGCAUAUGAGCUGGGCGUAUUCGAUGACAUAGAAGAGCUUCUGGCCACGGGCGCCAUUGCACGGCCUGAGUAUGAAGACGAGGCUUAUCGUCUUCGUGCCCACCGAAUUAAGCGACUAGUCUUGGUGUACCUAAGCCAGCUUGCCGGUCGGCUUGGCUGGACCAACAUGGUUCCAGAGAAUCUGCGCAAGUCCGACUCUGUCCUGGCCCCACGUCGGCCAGCAUCAGAGGGAGCCACUCCUGGAACCACUCUUUCCGCUAUUUCGGGCUCUUUCAACUAUAUUCCUGACCUCGAAAUGGACGACCAGAUUAUCCAUUGUUGGGCAGGAAUCAGUCACGCCAUGUACAUGGGCAACGAGAAGCUCUUCCGGUCACGCAAGCACACCACAGAUAUCAUACAGAGCGGUCGCUACAUUCAGCUGCUAGAGGAUUUUACGCCCAUGCUGCGGGAGUGGUGGCGCCAGUUUGAGCGCUACCGGCUACCACCGUACAUACGCCAUAUCCUUACCAUCGAGUACGAAUAUGUGCGCAUCUACAUCAACUCACUUUCGCUCCAGGCCGUUGUAGAGCGCUGCACCAACAAUGCGAGUAACGCAAGCGGCCACGGAAACGAUCAGCUCUCUCCUCAGACCCAGAACUACUUUGGAAAGCUACCACUCGGUCACCUCGGGGGUUUUGGUGUGCAAGACCAGGACUACGUUAAGGAAGUGGUGGAUGGGAGUCGGAACCUGCUGCGAGCUGUUGUUGAUGGUCUCUUACCCAACGACUAUCUCAAGCAUGCUCCUGUGCGGACCUACUUCCGCAUAAUCAGCGGUGCCAUGUUCCUGCUCAAGACCUUUGCAUUGGGCGCCCCUCGCUCCGACGUCGAAAUCUCCAUCGCGCUCAUGGAUAGGACCGUUGAUGCCCUUCGUAAUUGCGUCGUUGAUGACGUUCAUCUCGGGAUCCGCUUCGCCGACCUGCUCGAGACCCUGACAAGCCGACUACGGAAUCGCUUCAUUCAUGCUCCCACGCAUACCCUCAACAACCACCCCAUCCCAGGCGGCUCAUCGACUGACAGGUUGAGCCCGCAACCGCGUGUGGAUUCUGGCAUGGCAGACACUAACAUGGGCGGCAUGCAUAUAAGUAGCCAUGACGUUGAUACAUGGCUAAGACCCAACGGUCAAGGCUCUCUGGCGUCCCUGUCCGCCGCCGCGGCUGCCGUUGCGAACCCGCAUGGUCUGGAUCGGUCCACCACCCCGGCAAACAUCUCGGCUACACCCUUCGAGAUCAGCGCCGGCAACAUACCUUACCCCACGGGCCAGGCGUCUAUAUUUGCACCCACGACGCCGGCAGCCAGCGGCAGCAUGGACCACCACCACAAUCCGCUGCCUGACAACAUGUUUGGUGACCCGUCUGACUGGAACAACUCGAGCAGCGAGAUGUGGUACCUCCCAACGGGACCUGCUUUUUUUCAGAACAUGGGUGACAGUGCCGUCGCCAUGACGGCCGAGGGUGUCAACGUGGGAGGCAUCGACCUGCUUGAGUACAUGGCCAUGGACCAGUUCCCAAUCGAGGGCAGCGGGUUUUAGCGGGACGGGAGGAGCAAAGGAGUGGCCAGUAACAGUCACGGCUGUGCUAUGAAUCUGAAUUUGAGGCGUUUAUUCUGGAGUAUCCAACUGUUUUCUCUUUUCUUUUCUUCUUUACUUUCUUUCUACUGCUCAGAAGUUGGUUCCACGGGUUGUUAGCGUUAGGCAUGGCACGGUAUGGCAGGCGUGAGGGGAUUUUGUGUUUGAAUCAAUGAGAACUAGAAACGAACCUCGAAUUGUGGUGGUUUCCAGUACAUAUACCAGAAAAGGACGGUGGGCGAGUUAAACAUAAAGAGAUUCGUUACCAAGACCGAAGUGCCCUGUUCUGUCCUUGGCGGGCUUUCAGUACUCCAGCUACACAAGCUUGGUUUUUUGCGAGCCGUUGGUGUCUCGAAUUUCUAGAUGGCGUCACCUUUGGUGUGCCGCGAUCAAGCAUUCUGGACUAGCACAAUAGACUAGAGUUCUAGAACACGAAAAAGUGAAGUGGUAUUUAUAAGUUACGGUGUAUGAGGUAUAUAUAUUUAUGUGUAUUUAGAUAGAACUCGGCCUACAAAGAGAAAAAAAAAAACGACCGCGAUAAGAAGAGAACUACAACAAUAUAGGGAAAGGCCUAUGCCCCGCCCCAUUCAGUGGGUUGGGUCAAGGAUGCUUUAGAUCACACAAAAGACGAUCUUUUUAUGAAGAAAGAGGUGAUGAAAUAUGCUUUUUUCUUGGGGGUAUGAGAAAUAAG